UUGAAAUUAACACAUCGUACAGCGCGAAUAUUUUAUUAUUUAAUCAGGAGAUUGCAACCAGUGAAUGCCUCUGUUUUCCCUCAGUAAACGGAUGAAGGUUUGGAGGAGGCGGAAACUCUGACGGACAGAUUCCGGUUGUGGUUGCCAUGGUGCGGUGCGGCCCCGCGUUGCUGAGAAAGUAUGGCAACUUUAUUGAUAAUCUUAGACUAUACAUCCGUGGGGGCACUGGUGGAAUGGGCCUCCCCCGACUUGGAGGUGAAGGUGGAAAUGGUGGGAAUGUCUUGGUUGUUGCACAAGAUGGAAUAACCUUGAAGAUGAUCAAGGAUAAAUAUCCAACUAAACGUUUUGCAGCUGGUGUUGGUGCUAACAGCAGCAUACGAUCACUUAAAGGUGCAAAGGGAAAAGACUGUGAAAUUUAUGGUCCAGUUGGAAUUUCAAUCACCAAUGAUAAUGGAAAAAUAAUAGGUGAACUGAACCGAGCAGGGGAUCGGUUAAUCGUAGCUCAGGGUGGUCAUGGCGGAUCAUUUAGGACGAACUUUCUGCCUUCGAAGGGCCAAAGUGGAAUCAUAAGAAUGGAUUUGAAGCUGGUAGCAAAUGUUGGAUUGGUUGGGUUUCCAAAUGCUGGGAAAUCUACACUAUUGAGCAAAUUGUCUCAUGCAAAACCAAGAAUUGCAGAUUAUCCAUUCACUACUUUGAAACCAGAAAUUGGAAAACUAUUAUACAAUGAUUACAAACAGGUGUCAAUAGCAGAUCUACCUGGUUUGAUUGAAGGUGCACACUUAAAUAAAGGAAUGGGUCACAAGUUUCUUAAACAUGUAGAGAGGACCAAGCAACUUCUUUAUGUGGUGGAUGUGACUGGAUUUCAACUUUCAUCUGAAACACCAUUUAGAAAUGUAUUUGAAGCUGUUCAGCUUUUAACAAAGGAGUUGGAGCUAUAUAAAGUGGAGCUUUUAUCAAAGCCUGCAUUGUUAGCUGUAAACAAAAUGGAUUUGAAAAAUGCUGCAGAAAAAUUUAAAGAGCUAAUGCAACAGCUUCAGCAGCCUCAAGAUUUCUAUCACUUAAUACCAGAAGAAAUGGUCCCCAUGAGACAAGUCCAGUUUAAACACAUAAUCCCAAUCUCUUCAUUAACUGGAUAUGGAAUUGAAGAAUUGAAAAACUGUAUUCGAAAAUCAUUAGACGAUCAGGAUGACCUAGAAAAUGAACAUUAUAGGCUUGAAAAGCUGCAGAAGUUACACUCAAACACUCCCUGAAAGUAUUUAGAACAUUCAAAGUUGUUGAUUACUGCAGAUGAGUCUUCAAGGAAACUAUUGAUUAUAUUCAUGAUUAAAGGAUGCAAGAAAGACCCUUAAUAUGACUUCAAGUACUCAAAUUUUGCUUGUGCUGAACAGAUUUAUGAGAGACAAGGUGGUGGGACAGGUUGCAAGGUAAAGAAGGCCAUCCUCAGUAAAGCACAUCCUUGGUAUGUGACUCAGUAAAGUAACAUCAAAAUUUUCACACAAUUAUGCAGUCCACAAGAUUGCCAUGCUUGUGCUACCUCUAUUAAAGAACACACAGGUCAUGCUAAUAUCCUAAUUGCUUAUCACCUUUUGCUCAAUUAUAUAUUACAUAUUAGGUAAUGGUCGAGGAAGAGGGAAGGAUGUUACUAUUGGGUUUAAAACCAGGACAGAUGGCAACUUUUAUAGCAUGUUAGAAAUGCUAGUUUAUUGCCUGAGAUUGUUAUGUUGAUUCUUGACUUACAACAGAAGUUCAUGACAAGUGGUGAAAUGUUUGCUUCCUUUGGAAAUGAAGAGAAGUGAAUGCUGAUGAAGAAGCCAUAGACAGUCAACAGAAGAGCCAUGCGUGACCAUCAACCCAACUUGAGGUUUAUGUGCCUUUACAUGUUCAUGAGCCGGAAACUUGAGAAGUAUUCAAAUGUACACGCAAUGCUGCAUCUUGUACUUAACAAAGAGGGCAAGAGGUUGCAGGAAGAAGUGGGUGUUGAGAAUAUCUCAUCUGAUGAAGCAGCUUGACAAAUCAGCCUGUAGGAUUAAAUCAUCUUAUGAUCAGUGAUGGAGGGAAUGCUCUCUGCUCAUUUGAUUCAUGUAUAGAUUAAUGUUAUAGACCACAUUCAGGCCCUAUACUUCAUUCCACACAGAAUUCUGGAAAUUAUAUCUAUUACCUUCUCUUCCUCCUGAAUUGUUCGUUGAAUCACAAGGGUCGUAAAACUUGUUUGACUAGUUCAUUUUCAAAUGCUUCAAAAAUGAAAGGCAAACUAACAAAUUAUCAAUAAGUGACCUACCUAAUCUUUUUUGUUUCACUUUCUUUCUUGGCAUUUUUAUGCAUGCAUUCCAUUUUCACUUGAGUGGUGGAGUUUGUGUGGACCUUUAGUCCUGAUUCUUGUGCCACCCUUGGCUUUGGCAAAUUCUUCUAAUCUUCACAGCUACUAUGGUACUGUAGAGAACAGUAAGUGUUUCAACAACAUUAAUAAAUGUCCUAUUUUACAUUCUGCUUUUUUGACCAGGAGGAUUAAACAAAAGCAUCAUAGCCUAAACCAGAGUACAGGCAAUGACAGGAAUGUUUCUAUUGAACAUUACUAAAAUGGGGUAAUUUAGUUGAUGACACACAAAUCUUAUUGCAAAUUAAAGAUCUUUUGCAUCAUUUACAGUUUAGAAUGUAAAAAAUUCCAUUCUGGAGGUGAUAGGAUCAUUAACAUGUAAUAUACCAGAUUCCAGGUUAAACAGAAGUAGUUUUUUAUUAAGUUAAUAUAUUACAAUAGUAUAGUUUGAGAAAAGCAUUAAUCUAAAAUGUUGCUUUAUAUACAACAGCACAAUAAUAUCCAUGGUCGGCAGAAGCUUAAGACUCAGCCAAGGAAAAUGAGCUUUUCUAGGUCAUCACAUUGCCAGCAAGUAAUAUACAAGUCCAUAACUGGAAUUAAUUUCUAUAACUGUUCCAUAAAAGUAUACAGAAUGGGUGUAAAACUGCUUGAAUGGUGCAGAAAUGGGAAUGGCAACAAUUUUAUAAAGUUGCCAAAACUCUUCCAUUCAAUUACAUUUUAUUGCCAGCCUAUUACAGUUGCAUCCAUAGCACUAUAGUCUAAGACAAAUAUUAAAAUUCAUCUUAUUUUCAAAAUGGCAUUUCGUAAUAAAUCAUGGUGACAUGACAUUUUGUUGGCAUACAGUUGAUGUGGCAAAUAAACAAUAUUUUUGCAAUUAUGCUGCUGUGGUAUAGAGGAGUUCAGAAUGGCUGAAAGCAUGAGGUACAAUUUAACAUGCACUUCCAAUAUGCUGUGAGAAUUAAGUAUUCAGUGGAAUCUUUAAACCAUUCUAAUUGUUUCACAGAAAUAUUCUUUGUGUAUUUUUAUAAUUUCUACAGAGCUAACUGUAUGUAUACAUACAUCACAUUUGAUUACAAUGAUGCAUUACAACUUAGCCGGUCAUUUCUUAAUGAAAGUAGACAGACACUUCUCAGCCUACAAACUGAACUAUUGUGGAGGUCCAAGAAAUAAUUUGACAAAUGGUAAUGAAAGUGCUACAAAAUAAUACGGUGGCAUGCAAAAGUUUGGGCACCCCGGUCAAAAUUUCUGUUACUGUGAAUAGUUAAGUGAGUAGAAGAUGAACUGAUCUCCAAAAGUCAUAAAGUUAAAGAUGAAACAUUCUUUUCAACAUUUUAAGCAAGAUUAGUAUAUUAUUUUUGUUUUGUACAAUUUUAGACUGAGAAAAAAAGGAGCACCAUGCAAAAGUUUGGGCACCCCAAGGGGUUUGAGCUCUCAGAUAACUUUUACCAAGCUCUCAGACCUUAAUUAGUUUGUUAGGGCUAUGGCUUGUUCAGUCAUCAUUAGGAAAGGCCAAGUGAUGCAAAUUUCAAAGCUUUAUAAAUACCCUGAUUCCUCAAACCUUGUCCCAACAAUCAGCAGCCAUGGGCUCCUCUAAGCAGCUGCCUAGCACUCUGAAAAUUAAAAUAAAUGAUGCCCACAAAGCAGGAGAAGGCUAUAAGAAGAUAGCAAAGUGUUUUCAGGUAGCCGUUUCCUCAGUUUGUAACGUAAUUAAGAAAUGGCAGUUAACAGGAACGGUGGCGAUCAAGUUGAGGUCUGGAAGACCAAGAAAGCGUUCUGGGAGAACUCCUCGUGGGAUUGCUAGAAAGGCAAAUCAAAACCACCAUUUGACUGCAAAAGAUCUUCAGGAAGAUUCAGCAGACUGUGGAGUGGUGGUGCACUGUUCUACUGUACAAUGGCACCUGCACAAAUAUGACCUUCAUGGAACAGU